AUGCUCCAUUGCCGCCCAAGCAAUCAGCACCCGCAAACCGCCUCCAGUGCGGGGCCGAACGCCUCAGACUUCGCAGAUUCCCUCACCAGCCGAACCGCAUCUGUGCCGAUGCGAUCUCCGGUUGCCGGAGACGGUGGGAAUGCGCACCGCUCGCCCCAGCAGACGGAGGAUGUGGCCGGCAUACCCUAUAACACGCGAGGAGCGGCUAACGCAUGCGCGGCCGCAGAGUUUCCCGCGAGCUGCCAUGGGGGCGGUUUGCCUGAGGACACACCAACGCCGAGGUUGUGGGUGAACGACCUCCCAGCCGUGUGCCCGGACUCCAUCGAUGCCACCGCAGCCGCCAACGCCCGUAAUUUUGCUGCCUUCAAGUCUGCCCUCCCUCAUUUGAGAUCCGCGUCGUCUGUGUACUCCUCCCGCUCCCCCUCACCGUCACGCUGCGAUGAUGAAAAGAGUGUGGGACACUCCGCCUUCGUCGUGGAAUCCGACCGAGAGAAGGACGACGACUGUGACUCCCUGAACAGCCCCAACAAGCAGCGACCGAAUGCGGCUUGUGCCGCGUCCAUGGGUUUUGGUCUCAUUGCGGCAGCUGAGUCGGCGCCGGCGACGCCGCCAAACGGCGUGGCACAGAAGCAGUCGAAUGAGACCGGCUCACCUGACAGGGAUGUGGCUUCCGCGGGUGAGGGCAAGGAGUUGUACCGUGCCUGGAAACUGGCGGCGCUGCGGCGGAACGCGUUAGAACUGCGCCCCAUGGCGCACAAGUAUGCGCUGGAGGUCGUGCGUCAGCGCUACGGCAGCAGGACUGUGGGCGGUUUGUCCAAGUAG